AUGUCUAUCCUGAUCUGUUAUCAUAUUUAUUUUUCUUUAUCUGAUAUCAAAUAUAUAUCUGUUCAAAUCUAUCUAUCUAUCUAUCUAUCUAUCUAUCUAUCUAUCUAUCUAUCUAUCUAUCUAUCGAGCAGCUAUAAAAAGCAGCAGCAGCCGGCAAAUCAUUAUCAAACGCUGCUCGUUCCGCAUACAAGCGAGAUGGGUCCUGGAGACAUCGCUCAGUCUUCUCUCUUAAUGAACGUUAACAACAUCAAAAAGGAAUUCCCUGCCGGUAGGUUGAUUCUCCCAACUAGCCCGAUCUCAAACUCCAACAAGAACGCCACUGACGUAAAUUCAAAUUUGAGCGAGGUUCUUUCUCCAUUGUCCAGCCACUCGUCGUUGUCGCCUAUCGCAACUGAGUUUGGAUUUGACAUCGAAACUAUGCCCGUGAUGAGUACGGCUCUGGAUAGUCCAUCUUCUAUGUCUUCACUCUCGCCUGUCUCCUCGCCGUCCUGCUCUCCUUUCCCUACCUCAUUUUAUCAAUGUGCGACACCGGACAAUGAAGACUUUUCUAAAUCUCCUCUUCCAUUGUCGCCAGUUGUAGUAAAUACUUAUUCUCCAGUCGUGAACUCUGUUGUAAACAACGACACAUCUUCCGAAAGAUGCCGUUCUCGGAAUUUACAGACAACUCCAUCGCCAAUUGUUUCUAUGACGACAGGUGACAGAGUUUCUACAAACAUCACCAAGAGAAAACGUUCCACAUUGGAAAAAAAUGGAAUAUCACCGAAAAAGAAACGCUACACGAAAUCCCGAGUAAGGAACCGAAAUCCUGCGCUCGUAAUGAAACUGAAAAAAACCAGGCGUCUAAAAGCGAACGACCGAGAAAGGUCCCGGAUGCACCACUUAAACGAUGCGCUGGACUGUUUGCGGGAGGUACUGCCAAACUAUCCUGAAGAAGGCAAACUGACUAAAAUAGAAACGUUACGAUUUGCCCAUAACUAUAUAUGGGCAUUAACUGAAACCCUCAAAUUAAUGGAUACGGUGGAGUGGGGCCAGGAUUCAGGACGAUCGUUAUCUGAUUUUCCAGAGAGAUUACUGGGACACAACCUUUUUGGUCGGCUCUCGCAGCAGUCGCUCAGCCGGGCACAGUCCGAACUUGGUAGCGAGAAUGAACUCAGCCGGCAAGCUUUCCCACAACAUUUCCUAUCUCAAAUGGCCAAUGUACACCAACAACAUCAGUUUUUGUAUUUCUUUCUACACAUCUCAUUCUCUUUAUCCUUUUCAUUAAUUUCUUUCUUUCUUUCUUUCUUUCUUUCUUUCUUUCUUUCUUUCUUUCUUUCUUUCUUUCUUAAUCGCUUUUGUCUUCGUUGCAUUGGUUUUUCUUGUUUUAUUGAUUUAAUUUUCCUUUCAUUCUUCUCUUUCAUUGAUUCAUCCUUUCUUUCUUUUUUUCUUUCAUUCUUUCUUAAUUUGACAACUCUCUUCUUUAGACCAUCGAAUCAUUUAAAAGCAAUCUAUGAAAACGUUCAUACAUUUUAUAUCUAUCUAUCUAUCUAUCUAUCUAUCUAUCUAUCCUUUUCAUUAUAUAUUUUCUAUCUGCCUCUCCUAUCAAUUUACCUGUUUAACUGUCUUUACAUCAAUCACACCAUUUAUUUUUGGCUCACUGAUAUUCUUAUCUAUCAAAUUAUCUUAUUCUCCCCCCCUCUCUCUCUCUCUCUCUGA